UUUCAGAAUCACUGGCAUCUGAAUGCUCCUGCCAUGCCUUCUAUGUGAUCUGCAGAUGGACCGGGAACAAACAGGUGGAAUCGUGAAGUCAGGCUUCCAAACAAACUCCCAACUUCGCGAACAUUUAGUGGAAUGUCACGCUAAAUUCGUGGCUCGUGCCCUACUCGCUCCUAAUGUCAUCAACAAAACGCAUUUUUGGCUCCUCACCAACAUUGCUUAUCAUAGUGAAAAUGUGGAAGACGACUUUCUCUGUGACACUUUCGCAGAGACGACGUUGGAAUCCAGCAAACAAUUGUCAGUAUCUCAAAGUGAUAAUGAUGAUGAGUCUUGUCUGGAUUCACAAAAACGGAAAUCUUCAGAAGGUGACGAUCCUGGAGAAAUUGAUUUCCAGCCCAGAGCAAAGCGAUCUACAAGCUUUACAUUGCAAACUGAAUUCUCCGAAAUAACGACAACUACUGGCAAUCAACUGAAUAAAAAUCAACAACAACAGAAUUCAAUAUCUUUUCCAAAUGGUUCAAAAGCUGUUCGAAAAUCAAAUUGUCAAGUUUGCCACGUGGAUGUCUGUACAACAGCACGCCAACGACAUGUUUAUCAAUUCCAUCUUCGGGUUUCUAAUCUUUUCCAGUGUUCGGGUUGUGACUAUAUAAAUAAUAAUUCGGUUUGGGAAAUGCGAAAACACUGCAUAGCUAUUCAUCAAGGCAAUGCAUACCCUAUCAGCAAUGAAGAAUUUCACAGGCAUGAGAUACAGAAUUGGAAUCAGCAAUGCUUUCCGGAUUGGAAGCUGAAGAAAUCAUCUCUAUCAAGACAAAAAGCAACAACACUAGAACAUAACAAAGUUGUUCCGGAAAAUAGAGGACUAAAAACGGUCAACUAUGGCGAUGUUACGAAGUGUACAUCUCGCGAUGAAGCAGGCUGUGAUAUGGAUAAUAAUCAGUGUGUUAUAAGACAGUCAGUCGUUGCAGCUGUCGUCGACGAUCGAACGUGUCAUGUUUGCUGGGAAGAGUCUCGUUAUCCAGGACGUCAUAUAGCUCAAAAACAUUUGAAGAAGUCACUUUACCAAUGCCCGAUUUGUCAAGAUUUCGGAAGUUACGAAAGUUGUACUGUUGCUAAACAUAUCAACAAAAUUCAUCCGGCGCAUUGUGACGCUAUUCCCAUCUCCAAUUUGGACCGAUAUGCUCAGGAAAUUCGAGACUUACAGAAGAAAUGCUUUCCAAACCGACCAAUGAAGCUCGUUCGAUCUCAUGUUGGUAAUCGUCCCCGAGAGCGUCACAUUUGCCAAAUUUGUAAAAUACAGGUGGCGCAAUCGGAUCGUCAACGUCAUGUAUACCAUCGUCAUUUAAAGCAGCAACGUAUUUUUGAAUGUCCUCUUUGCUCUUUUGCUUCAAAUUACGAUAUUCAUCGUGUGAAGUGGCAUAUUAAAUGGAUGCAUAAAGAAAAUCCAAACCGAGAGCCUUAUUCUCAUGAAAAUGAUUACAAGGAGGAAAUAGAUCGAUUAAACGAGCGAUGUUUUCCGGGUUGGCAACAUAGGCGAAAGCAGUUUUGGAGGUUGGACAUCGAAGAAACUGAUAACCAAAAUAUAAAGAAAAGUGGGACAACAAACAUUGAGGAAGAGAAGAAAUCAACAAUGGAAAUCAUUUGUAAACCAUCUGUAGUGCAGAAAGAACCGCAUGAAAAGCCAAAUGAAUGGACUUGCACGCUUUGUAAAAAAGAGUUCAAUCCUUCAUCGAAUUUCUUGCAUCAUGUAGCAAAGGAUCAUCUUAAGAUUUUCCUCUAUCAAUGCCCAAUAUGCAAAGGUUAUGAAGGACAAGAUACCUAUGAAAUACGGUCUCAUAUGCAAAAAUUACACGGUGGAUAUAUGGAAGAACCGAUAUCGAAUAUCGAAAAGCAUGCAGACGAAGUACAGAAAAUGUAUCAGCAAUGUUUUCCCGCACGAAAGCUCAAAAACUUGUGGUCAGAAAAGAAAGCAAGUCAAAAUGAGAAGAAUUGCGAAGGACUCAAAGUUCAGUGUCGCGAGUGUGGGCAAGAGAUGAAAACUGAAGAUCGGCAGAUUCAUGUAUAUAGGCAUCAUCUGAAGGAGCCCUGUCUUUACCAGUGUCCGCUUUGCGAAUUCUCCCAUCACGCUUGUUCAUCAGACGUCAAAGCGCAUAUCAAAUACGCACAUGGGGAUAACGCAGAUUUAGCACCCACGGCAAAUUUGCUGAGAUUUUCAAAAGAAAUAGCAAUGUGGAACUCCCGUUGUUUUCCGGGUUGGAUCAAUCGUCGCUUACCAACUUCUGCAUUGGAAGAUUUCAAUAGAUGCCGAAUAUGUGAUGUGGAAGUACGUCAAACUUCACGUCAUAUUGCUGAAGUUCAUUUGAAAAUGUCACUUCAUCAGUGUCCUCUUUGUGAUUACGGUGCUGCUGAAAGUCGUCUCGUUCGAAGACAUAUGAAAAAUGGACAUAGAAGGAAAGAGGUUAAAGGUUUAGAACCGAUAGCUAAUGUAGUUAAACAUCGAGCAGCUUUCUCCGAAAUGCAUGACCGUUGCUUUCCGGGACGACCGAAACGUUUGUCGAAUAUUACUAUUUCCGAUGAAGGACGUAGGGCGAAGUGCCGUCAAUGUGGCGCUACAAUUAGUAAGAAACGACGAUUGACUCAUCUACUAGAAAAGCAUCUUAAAAAAGCUAUUUUCAGAUGUUCGCUGUGUCCAUUUGAGUCAUCUUAUGACGAAAAUGCUGUAAUUAUUCACAUCCAGAAGGAACACAGCGGGCAAGACGGUCUUGUAAUUAACGAUCUCCUCAAAUACAAAAGAGAAGCAGAAAUGAUGGCAACAAGUUGCUUUAUAGAUUGGCAGUUACUGAUUUGAUCUUCACUGGACUUUUGAAUGUCAUCGAAUUUCCACAUAAAUUUAGCUACGAGAAGAUGAG